UUAACACAACAAAGAGUAGACUAUGAUGGAAACCGUGUCUGUAUCUUUCCAACUUAAAUAUGGUCGGCAUUCCAGAAUUUAACUCGCCAAAACAAAACGCAGGUUCCUAGCAGGCCACUGUUAAAUUAACCCAGCUCAGCUCUCUUCACAUUCUCCACUAUAAAGCAGCAAUUUUUCGCAGCUUGCUCUGUUAUAUUUUAUCCAUCAGUCUUUGGUCCUUUUGAACCUAACCACAAGGCAGAGGUAGAGUUUGACCGAAAUUUGGGGGAAAAGGGAAUGGCCGAGAUUCGAGUUGAGGUCUCUGACUCUGAGGGUGAUCAGCAGCAGGAGGAUCCCAACGCGUCAGUGUUCCAAUCCCGUACUUUCCCGCGAUACUGCCCCAGACCCCGCCCAACCCAAACACAAUACAUUCCGGCCACUCCCAGGGCGAUAGCAGCAGCUUCCGGCGCCACUCCUUCCAACUCCGAUCUCUCCUCCAGGUCCAGGGCUUCCUCCUCUGACACUUCCAGCUUCUUCUUCACCAUCUCUUCCUCUUCUUCUUCAUCAUCCUCCUCCCACUCCCUAUCCAUCCCACAAUCCUCCUCCUCAUCCUCUUCCUAUCGCUGCACUUUCCGCGGCAAGGACGCGAUCGGCUUCCGCCGGGUGUUCCCUCCCACCAUCACCCGGGAGAAGCUGAAACAGCACUUGUCAGUCAUCGGCAGCAUCCGCCACGCCAACGUGGUCCAGCUCAUCGGGGCUUCCAUGUCCGAGAAGGAGCCGUGCGUCAACCUCAUGUACCCCUUCGUCAACGGCGCAACCCUCUCCGAUUGUUUGACCAGCAGGAGUACGACUACGACCGAUCUCUACAGCCUCUACCUCGGUAGGUGGCAAUCGAGGAUGGACAUCGCGGUGGGAGUGGCUCGCGGCCUGAAUUACAUCCACCACAUGACCGGAUUCGAAGCCCUCCUCGUCCACAACCGUAUCAAGACCUCCAACAUCAUCCUCCUACCUUUGAGCGGCGGCGCCGCCGUCAAACCCUUGAUCUGCAAAUUCGGCCUCGCUCAUGUUGCAGGGGAGGCUGCCGACGACAACGUUGGAUGGGGCGGAGGAGAGGGGAUUGAAGAAGUAGACGAGGAAGAGAACCCCUACAUGUCGCCGGAGGUUCGGCGAGGGGGGUCGUUGGCGACGCGGAAAUCGGAUGUGUACGCAUUCGGGGUGCUGCUGUUGGAGCUGAUUUCGGGUGCGGAGCCGGUGACUUACCGUUAUGAUGACGUCGACAAGGUUUACGUGCGGAAGUCGAUCAUGGAGACGGCGAGGGCGGCGGAGGCCGGCGACGAGGAGAUGGUGCGGGGUUGGGUGGACGGGAGGCUGAAUGGGUUGUUCCCAGUGGAGGUCGCGAAGGAGGCGAUGCGUUUGGGGCUGUAUUGUCUGGGCGAGGAUCCCAGAUCGCGACCUGAUAUGGGCCUUGUCGAAGGCCUCAUCUUCGACUGCUGGCGACGAUCCAACAAACCCUUCUUUUGAGUAUGCCACCCCGUGGGCCAAUGUCUAUAUUUGUAUUUGGGCUUCAUAGCAAAGUUACCCUUGUAUGUCAAGUUGUCAUGGAGGAACUAGAUAACAAGUUUAGAUAAUUUUCAUGUUUACUAAAGAAAAGUAUGAAGCCUUCAAUCCAUUAUAAUUCAAAAUUCAUUAGAAUUGAACUCCGAAUGAAUACGUAUGUACACCUAUACACAUUCAAAUCCAAUUAAUUAAUAAUGAAUUCUAAAUUCAUUA